UCCGCCUCUCACCCCCCCCCCCCCCAACCCCAAACCUACAGCCAGGCAUAGAGAGAGCGAGAGGGGUCGGGAUCCAUGGCGGAUAAGGAGAACUGCGCCCCUCGCCUCACCCGCGCGGCCGCCAAAAGGGCCGCCUCCGCUCAAGUCCCCAGUCCCCCCGCCCAGCCGCCGGCCAAGAGGAAGCGCGUGGCCCUCAGCGAGCUCCCCACCCUCUCCAAUGUCGUCACCCUCGCCACGGCGGACCCCUCCACCCCUCCCCCUUCUAAGCUUAAAUCGAAGCCCAGGAAGAAGGUGGAGGAGUCGGAUGACCGGGAACUUGCUCGGGUUGAAGUUGCUACCUCGUCGGAUGGUGGCUCCGACAUUGAUGAUCCGCAGAUGUGUGCGCAUUAUGCGUCUGAUAUCUAUCAGUACCUCAGAUCAAUGGAGGUGGAGGCAAAGCGGAGGCCUUUGGCGAAGUACAUGGAGACGGUUCAGAGCGAUGUCACCGCCAAUAUGAGGAGCAUUCUUGUGGAUUGGCUUGUCGAGGUGGCGGAGGAAUACAAGCUGGUCUCUGAUACCCUACACAUCACCAUCUCGUACAUUGAUCGGUUCCUUUCGUUCAAUGCGAUCAACAGGCAACGACUGCAGCUCCUGGGGGUGUCCUCCAUGCUCAUUGCUUCGAAAUAUGAAGAGAUUAGCCCACCUAAUGUGGAAGAUUUCUGUUAUAUCACGGAUAAUACGUACACAAAGCAAGAGGUGGUGAAAAUGGAGAGUGACAUCCUAAAGUUUCUGAAGUUUGAGAUGGGCAAUCCCACCAUCAAGACUUUCCUGAGGCGAUUCAUACAGGCAGGUCAAGAAGAUGGCAAAUACUCAAAUCUGCAAUUUGAGUUCUUGGGAAGCUACCUUGCGGAGUUGAGUUUGCUGGACUAUGGCUGUGUUCAGUUCUUGCCAUCAGUAAUUGCAGCUUCUGCUGUUUUUGUUGCUAGAUUCACACUUGAUCCCAAAAGCAAUCCUUGGAACAAAAGAUUGAAAGAGUGUACUGGUUAUAAUGUGUCUGAUCUGAAGGAGUGCAUGAUGAUUAUGAUUUAUGGUUGUUCGAUGAAUUCCAUGUAGCAGAGAUAACCUGCGGGCGGGCAUAGGGAAAGCUAUCAUUGCUGUUGCCAAUAACACAUUAUUAUAAGGGUAUGGGUGUAAUCCUAGAGGUAUGGGCAGACUAUCUGACUUGCUUUGAUGCGAGGUCUACUUCUGUAGUUGCUUGGCGUCUGAAAGCAGUACCAACAGGACUAAGCCUGAAACAAGGUAGUUACAGACUAAAAGAACUAUGCCACUCCACCAGGCUAAGAAACCUAGCAACCAGGCUGAUACCGGGUAGACUCAGAACCAAACGAGUACAUCACCAACCAGUGAAUCCAAGGCUUAACUCGGUGCUACUAAGACUGAUGCUAUUGCUGGUAAGACUUAACCGAGGUAGUGGCAGGACUGAUGCUAAGUAUACUCAGACUCAAAGCAGUGCUAACAGGACUUCAAUCGGUGCUGCUAGGCAUGUAGCUUCAGAGUUCACUCCAGUAGUUACAGGCUUGAACCAGUGUCACUCAGGCUGAUGCGGUGGCUGCUAGGUAUGUAGCUAAGGUCUCUAACUCAAAGGUAGCUAAGGUCUAGUAGCUAUGGGUAUGUAGCUAGGGCAGACUUAUGUUGGGUAUUAUCGGACUGAUGCGUGCCCCUACUAUGCUGGGUAGCUAGGGUAUCAACUGAGCGAGUAUCGGUAUGUAGCUACUCAGACUUCAACAAGUACUACUCAGAAUAGAACUAAGGAGUCUUUAGCUCGCUACCGUUUAACACAGGCUCCCGAAAGCAUCUAUUGUAAUAACUUUGUUAUGGCUAUUACUGUUGCUACCGCACUCAGUCUUGCGCCGCCUAAACUCACUGCCGCGACACAUUAGUAGUGUCUUGAUUGAGUAUUCGGAAACUCAAUAUUCAAGGGACUUUGUAGUAAAUGAGAUCCCUCCCUUGAAUGUGAAGGAACAUGAGACUUCAAUCUGGCUUCUCCUGAGGAUAACUCUGAAGCGCUCUGGAUGUAUCUAAUGUCUUAAUCAAAACAUUGUGGACCUGAUGCUCAAGAAGGCAUCGAAACUUGCUGACUGCAGUUUUGCUGAUGAAAAAUACAUGCUUUUUUGGAGGUAGGAAGAACAGACUUAUGCUCAAGUUUUACCAUGUAGGAACAUAGGAAAUACUGUGUAUUCUUGUUCUCACAUGAUGACUUUGAAGACAUGUAAGGUGCAUAUGGGUUGCUCAUUUUGUUCAGGUUGAGCAUAUGAAGUUUGAGAAUUUGCAAUUAAUAUCAAAAUAUUUUGAUUAUGUCCUUGUGUGUGUGUGUAUGUGUGUGUGUAUGUAUAUAUGUGUGUGUGUGUCUGUGUGUGUAUGUGUGUAUGUAUAUUCUCA